UAUUAGUGAAGAAAAACAGAUUCUUGAUUCUGUAGAUUGGUAACUUACAGAUGUAUUGAGAUUCUUCAAUGACUUUAGGAGAAUUUCAACAGUGACUUGAAAGAGGUUGCAUACCGUGAAAUGUUGAAGGAAAGAAAGAAAAUGAAAAGUGUUGAGAAACCCAAUCGUUGAAUCCGUGAAGCUUCCUUGAGCUACAUGCCUACAUCAUAUGCUUCUGGAAUUAGAUACCAUAAUAAUUGUUUAAGCUUGUUUUUGGAAAGUGAGGCUUUCCAACAUGAGUCUCUUGGCUGGGAAUAUAUGGAAAAAGAAGAGGAAAGCUAAGAGCACUGAGCAAAAAGAGUAAUACCACUAUAAUUAUAAUAAAGUAUGGAAGAAAAGAGAACGACUUAUAGUUGAUUUAUGAGUAUGAAGUUCAUGCCAAAUAUGCAGGAGUUGUUAUUUAACUAAAUUGCAGGAACUUUUUGAAGAGAAUCCAGCGGUUGAAAAAUAUAAAUAGAGGUUGGCUGGUGUGAUUGUGAAGUAUCUGGGAUGAAGAGAGAUAUGGGGAGUUACAAAAUGGGUUUGUGUUGCAGUGACAAGCUCAGGAUGAACAGAGGAGCUCCACCUCAGGAUGUGGUGACGGCGUUUGUAGAGUAUACCGAGGGCAGGAGCCACAUGACGGCAGAGCAGCUAUGUCGGUUCUUGGUUGAGGUGCAGGACGAGACUGAAGUGUUGGUUUCAGAUGCAGAGAAGAUCAUAGAAAGAAUCACAUGUGAAAGACAUCAUAUCACUAAGUUCUUGAGGCAUACGCUGAACCUCGAUGAUUUCUUCAGUUUCUUGUUCUCAGAUGAUCUGAAUCAUCCAAUUGAUAGUAAGGUGCAUCAAGACAUGGCCUCUCCCUUGUCGCACUAUUUCAUUUACACCAGCCAUAAUUCGUAUCUGACUGGAAAUCAGAUCAACAGCGAAUGCAGCGACGUACCUCUCAUAAAGGCAUUAAAGAGAGGUGUUCGAGCUCUUGAACUUGACAUGUGGCCUAACUCUACUAAGGACGACAUACUUGUUCUCCAUGGCUGGGCAUGGACACCUCCAGUUGAACUAGUCAAAUGCUUGAGAUCUAUAAAAGAACAUGCCUUUUAUGCAUCUGCAUACCCUGUGAUCUUAACUUUGGAAGAUCAUUUGACUCCAGAUCUUCAAGCCAAAGCAGCUGAGAUGAUGAAAGAGAUAUUCAUGGAUAUGGUGUAUUUUCCAGAGGCUGGUGGUUUAAAAGAGUUUCCUUCACCAGAAGAUCUCAAGUACAAAAUUGUAAUAUCUACAAAGCCUCCUAAAGGUAGCUUAAGAAAGGACAAGGAUUCUGAGUCAGAUGCAUCAGGAAAGGCGUCAUCAGAUGUUUCAGCAGACGAUGAGAAGACUGAGGAAGAAACAAGUGAGGCCAAAAAUGAAGAGGAUGGAUUUGAUCAAGAAUCCAGCAACUUGGAUUUCCUCACCUAUAGUCGCCUAAUAACGAUUCCUUCUGGAAAUGCUAAAAAUGGAUUAAAGGAAGCACUAACAAUCGAUAAUGGUGGAGUUAGACGGCUGAGUUUGAGGGAGCAGAAGUUCAAGAAAGCCACUGAAAUGUAUGGAACCGAAGUCAUAAAAUUCACACAGAAGAAUCUGUUGAGAAUAUAUCCCAAGGCUACCCGAGUAAAUUCCUCCAACUAUAGGCCAUACAACGGUUGGAUGUACGGAGCUCAAAUGGUCGCUUUCAACAUGCAGGGCUAUGGAAGAGCUCUUUGGAUGAUGCAUGGUAUGUUUAGGGGAAAUGGUGGAUGCGGGUACGUGAAAAAACCGGACUUUAUGAUGAACAAUAAUCUCAGUGGAGAAGUGUUCAACCCGAAAGCGAAGUUACCCAUAAAGAAAACUCUAAAAGUGAAAGUAUACAUGGGCAAAGGAUGGGACUCUGGUUUCCAGCGAACAUGUUUCAACACUUGGUCCUCUCCUAACUUCUACACAAGGGUGGGGAUAACAGGAGUAAGAGGUGAUAAGGUAAUGAAGAAAACAAAGAAAGAACAAAAGACAUGGGAGCCAUUCUGGAACGAGGAGUUUGAGUUUCAGCUAACAGUACCGGAGCUGGCGUUGCUAAGAAUAGAAGUUCACGACUACAACAUGCCAGAGAAGGACGAUUUCUCGGGUCAGACAUGUUUGCCUGUGUCAGAGCUGAGACAAGGCAUACGUUCUGUUCCUUUGUAUGAUCGCAAAGGCGAGAGACUAGUUUCAGUUACACUUCUCAUGCGGUUUCACUUUCUUUAAACACAGAGUUUCCUUAAAACAGAGUUUCUUUCUUCUUUAUAAUAAUAAUAAUACUUCAAAGAGAGUGGAACUUUUUGGCAUAUGAAAAACGGACUAAAUCAAAAUUUGUCACUCGUUAAUAAAAAAUUAAAGACUUGGUCUUUUUUG